AUGCCUCUCCGGGAUGACCUUUCUUCUAACCUCUCAGUUGUCAAAGUUGAAGUCAAUGAUGUGAAGGAAUUGCUAACUGCGGUGCAAGUCGAUGUCCGCACCAACGUUGAGGCCAUCUCUGCUCUCAACAGCAAAGCUGAUGCACUUGAACAACAAUUGGAUAUUAUUACUGAAAGUAUUGAUGAUCUCACCUCUCAUUAUACUGAUGACAAAGAGGCUGAAGCUGAGUCUGUUAGAGCUGAUGCUCAAGACGAAGACCUUUCUAUCACCUCUGCAGCUAAUGUUGGUGAUAAGGAAGAUGAUGAUGACGAUGAAGCUGAUGAUCCUUUUUCCUUUCCUGAUGCUGGAAAAGAUCUUGGUGCUGAUGAUGAAAACGAUGAUGACGACAACUUCACCAUUCAAUACCACACCAAACCAGCAACCGCUCAGAAAGGAGUCUCUCUCAUGGAAUCUUCAUCCCAGGGGGAGAAGGAGAAAGAAAGCAACGUUUGA